ACGCGUUCGAGCCCCCACCUGCGUCACGACACGCGCUGUCUCACUCGCGGGCGAGGGUCGUGGUGGCGGGCCUCGGACGGGAGCUUCCCAAUCUCUUGGUGCCGGCUGGAUCUCGCACACACUUCAGACUCGUCUCUCUUACAUCUCCUUUCCAAUCUUCGCCAUGGCCGACGAACCCAGUCUUCCCAGCUUGUUGCCGUCCAUCUCAUGGAACGCCCAGACCCAAAGUUUUAGCAAUAAUCCGAGAAAGCGAAGGUACAACUUUAAAAGCCACUCUGUCGCGCCGCCGUCAUGGUCCAACUCUAGUGACCCUGCCGUCUUUUCCAGCGACGACGACCCAGGUCUGGACAACUAUGUCGAGGGACGGCGAAAGAAGAAGAAGUAUGUAGGCUCUUGGUUCCACCAGCAGCCUGCAUCCUCUGAUUCUGCCACUGGGGAGCCGCGGCCAGCGCUGAGGGGCAAGCGAACCUUGAAGCGCGACCUGGACAGUGGUGUCUGGAUGGGCAGCGACAGCACCGAUGGCGACGAGAGCGUGAUGAUGAUGCCUGAUCUGCCGACGCAGUGCAAGCUACCUCAGCUCGACCGGGUAAUGGCUCGGCGGCGCAACGUCAUCUCGGCCGAGGAACUGGAGGCGCGGGAGAGGGUACAGCAAUGUCUGGACUCUGGAACCGAGUACAUUGAUCUAUCCAUGAUGGGACUGAAGACUCUCACCGAUGCCACCAUUCGCCCUCUGUCCGAAUUUUCCUGCAUUCCCGUUGUUGCCGAAGGAGUACCGUUUGAGCAGAAGGAUCCCGCUUUGCAGCUGUAUCUGUACCGCAACCCUCUGCAGCGGCUUCCCGGGGCCAUCUUCGACCUGGAGCACCUGACAGUGCUUUCGCUCCGUGGAUGCCGACUACGGGAGUUGCCCCCUGCGAUUGGCAAGAUGCGGAGUCUUCGCACCCUGAACCUCGCCCAGAAUUUGCUUAGAUACCUCCCGGCCGAACUUCUGGAUCUCAUGGCAGCUCCCUCCGCCUUGGAAGAGUUGCUUCUACAGGGCAACCACUUCUUCCAGGCGGCUGAGCGACCUACGCUGGCUAAUUUGGAAAGUCUUGAGAGCGACGCUUCGGUAGGCUCGGAGCUGACCGAGGCGUGGAAACCUGGCUUCGACGGUGUUGCGGGCAAGUUCUUUGUGCGAUCGCCGGUCCACUACCUCGAUAGCUCGGGCUUCUCGCACUCCGACUUCCGUCUUGACCCUGAGGGAGUGAUCGUGCAGACGGAGCGGCUGGACGACGGUGGUGACAGCACUUCACUCAUAUCCCCACCGUCAUCGGCACCCUACCACUCCAAGUCCGCUGGAAGAAGCGUUCCAAGUGCAAAGGGUAGUCGCGUUCCUAGUCUGAUGGAACUGGCUUUGCGCAGCGCUUACAAAAGCUCCGACCUCAGCGACCUGCCCGACUACAUCCCCGAUUCGCUGCCUCACUUGCAAGCCCUACUCGAGCGUGCUGCCGACCAACGUGAAGUUGGCGGGCUUACCUGCUCUGCGUGCAAGAAGCCCUUCGUGGCCCCCACAACGCAGUGGCUAGAGUGGUGGCAGGUUUGCCUCGUUGAGAGCAGGCAAACCCAAGAAGGCCACGUCGUCAAGGCUCGUCCCUGGACGGACUUGGAUGAAGAGAACGAGGGGGCUGUUCCGUUCUUGAGGAGAGGGUGCUCGUGGAAAUGUGGCCCUGCCAAUUUGAAGGAGGGACAGUGGACGAUUGCUCCUGCGAGCAAGGCAGAGUGAGGGUUGGGAAAUCAAAAAUUGUUUCAGGGCAUCUGUUACAUGGCGCUUGUUAUUGGCACGGAGUUGGAGGCAGACUUAUUUUGUGUUUUUUUAUUCAGGUUUCAGGUUGUGUUGUUCGAUAUCCAGUUUUCUUAGCUGAAGCU